AUCAGGAGGCGGGGCUCACCCAAUCCUUGCUUUGGACAAGAGACGCUAACUGCACUCGCUAGUGUCAAAAUGAUGUAGGCGGCCAGCGCGUUCGGUUUUUGUUUAAUCACAUUUGACAUAGCCAGGUUAGCACGCCGAUGCGCACAUGGCAGCUAUUUGGUCCUUGCGGUUCGGUUUUUUCCUAACAUAGACAAAGGAUUUCAUUGAGUUUUUCACCGUCUUUUUGCGAGGCCCUCACAUGUUCUGCCAGAAGAAGACUCGGACCUAAAACACCAGAAGGCCUGUCACUUGGGAUGAAUCUUCCUUUAAUAACUGGUUGAAAUGCCUUGACCAAACCGCCACCGUAUAAUGGCAGGAUUAGUCUCCCUUGUGGAUUUGGUGGCAGUGGUCAAGACCCGCAUGGGCAACCGUGCUCCCGGCACAGUGGUUCUGGGGGUGACCCUGUUGAUAAACGUGAUAGCCGCAGAAUCACCUGUUGCAGAUGAGUCUCUCUUGGGAUCAACACACCGUGCCAUGGGAUUUCUUAGAAAUGUUUUGAGUCCAACAAGGCCAUCAAUAUCACCCUCGCCAACCUUUAUUGCUACCCCCUUUGAGAACCAAGACACACAUGGCACUCAACCAUCCAUUACACAACCCCCCCAUGAAUCCGUCAAACAAAGUGACCUCAAUGUGAAAGUCUCACAGCGUCUUUAUACUCCAUCAUUACGUCCAUCUCAACUUGUUUUAGGAUCUUUUACACAAACAGAGGAAUACAAACAUUCCAUAGACUGGAAGGUUGCUCAGAUUAAUUCUCCUGAACAAACAUUUCUCCUCUUGCAAACUCCUUCAGUAUCUCAGAUGCAAACUCAGUUAAAUACAUCAAAGCCUUCUGUUUUUCAAAGGCCAACAGUGCCACAGGUUAGUUCAACAAAAGAAGUAGUUCAAGAUAUUGGAAGCAGUGAGAUGGAAAAAAAAAUUCCAACAGUGACCUCCCUGUCUGACAAAGGUACUGACCCACUAAAUUUCAGUGAUAAUCCAUUAGACGAAUCUUACAUUUUAGAUCAAGUCUUACUCGACCCUAGAAAUGGUCCAAGUACAAUUCCCUAUGAGAACCAGCUGCGCCCAAGUGAUUCCCUCAUGCCAGAGAAUAACCUAUUAAACAUUUUCCCCAAUCCACAUGAAAUUUUAUCCCCAAGCUACCAUGUGCCUUUCAUCGGCCCUCACCUUACAUUAGCUUCAUAUGAACCAACAGAGGCUCCACCAGAGGAUUUCUACCCCAAAAAUACCAUAGACUUUGACUGGGGGAGUGGAGAUUAUUUGGAGACAAUCGCAUUCUUAAAUCCAGAAGAAGAGGGCUACUCUCUGGUCACGAAGGUUCCCGACACAUACGAUGAAGAGGACUAUAGAGAGCAUUACAAUACAGCCUUUCCCUCACGGGUAGUCACAUCCCUUUCUUCAUUGCAUCAUCUUCAUAUAUUGCCAUCUUCAAGCCUGACAAUAGUGUUUGCAACACAUUUACCUCACAAAUCAAUGAAUCCCUCUUCUCUUACCCCAGUUCACUCGACAAUAGAUCACACACUGGACCUUACUCCCACAAUUACCAGUGAACUGGUAGAAGCAUCAGAGAGUAUAGAUUGGCCAGAUAAUUAUAGCAUUCAACCAACCGAUGUCCUGUUACCUGACAUGAACAGCUUGGAGUACUACACCACACAACUGACGAAGGAGAACUCUGGUACAGGCAGUGAAACUGAACAAAGAUCCAAUGUCACGGUGAUCUCCAUCAGUUCUUCCGACAUCAUGCCCACCAGCAGCAUCACCAAGAAUUUAAAAGUGACAGAGUAUGACUCCGAUAAUGAUUUGUCAGGCGUUGAGCCUCACGGUGAAGCAACUAUUACAAGAGCAGCAGAGAGUUUCAAUAGCUCAAAGACUUUUCUGGACCAUUCCGUAGUCACAACACCCUAUCUUGACCCUUCUUCCUCCAUCUGGGCCACUCUUGUGUCAACCACAGAUUGGUCUGCAGGUACUCAAACUGUUGGCCUGCACAGCUCUGUAGUUGUAUUACCCAGCCAUACAGAUUUUUUGCCAGAUAUAAUGGCUUCCUUCUCUCUAACGGAUGUCCAAUGGUUUGUCACAGAGGUCCUCCCAAUAAAUACUACCAUACACCCUACUUCAGUUGACAUUGCAACAACAGCAUUCUCCUCUGGCCCUACUGAUCAUCUUAGUGCUACAACUGAACAAGCAUUCAAUAUCACCUCAAUCUCAUCCACUGGUACUUUGCCACCCCCUAUAAUGUUGGGUGACCAGGGAGUGACGAAAGAUGACUUUGACAACACAGCCACUAUGACCUUGAUCCCAACCAACAGUAGAGCUGAUGCCAUUACACCCACAACUGGAUCUCCAAAUCCCAAGACAAAUUCUCAUCAACCUGCCGUUACCCCUGUCAUGGGUGGUGAGUGGCAGACUACUUCUCAGAAAUCCAGACAGUACCUCUGCAACCUUGAAAAUCCCAAGUAUUUAAUUAAAAUAGGUAUGCCCUCUGGGGCCAAAGUUGGAUAUGCCAAAUCUCAAGUCGGAGAGAUCCUGAAACGAGAAUUCAACAAAUCGGUUGAGUUACAGGUUAUAGAGCCACCACCCAAGUUUGUAUUUCGGGUUGUAUCUGAUCCUGUUGUGUACACGGCCAUGUCGGUCAUCAACGCCCUACAAAGUUCAGGACAUCGCUUCCUGUUUGUAUCACCCCACUGGAUGAUACCUGACAAUAAGUACCAAGUUCACACAGUGCUGCAGUUUGUUCCCGGUCACAUUGAUGUACGGUUUUGCAACUUCAGUGAGAGCAUUGAGCGAGGUUUGACCAUGGCCUUUGCAGAAGUACGUCAGGGCUCAAACACAUCAACCAAUUUUACAGUGCAUAUUAUCAACAUUACCAUGGCUGUUCCUAAAAAUGAGCAACGACUGGGGAGGUAUCCAGUGGACAUCACCUUUACUGUGCGCAGCCCUCAGGGUUAUCUCAUGGGCUCAGAGGUCAGCAUUGUUCUUAUGAAGCUCACCAAGGUGGAAUUUAGCUAUUACAUGGGCUUCCCUGUCAUGCAGAUUGCCGAACCAUUUCAUUAUCCAAAGUUAAACACCAGCCAGUUCCUUCGGUCCUCCUGGGUGAGAACAGUUCUCUUGGGAGUGCUGGACAGUGAACUGGGUCAGAGGACCUUUCAAGCAAAAAUAGAGCGCCGGGUGGCCAUGUUACUCGGGGAGGCCUUGGGAUUAGUCAGACGUGUCAAGAGAGCCACUGAUGUUGGCAACAGCAGCAUUCAGAUUGUGAGCAUGAACCGACCUGUAGGUGUGGACCAUCCUUUGGAAGUUGUGUAUUUUGUGGAACGCCCUGAUGGCCAGAGGGUACCUGCUGUUGAAAUGGCCAACAUACUCAACAGCUUGGAUGUCCAAAAGGCUGCCAUCAUCUUGGGGUAUCGCUUUGAGGGAAUUUUAGCACAACCUGUAGAGGAGAUCCCAUCGUCGCCUUCUGACACUCAGAACCCCAACAUGUGGAUCAUCAUCGGAGUGGUUAUUCCUCUCCUGGUGGUCAUUAUCAUCAUUGCCAUCCUGUACUGGAAAUUGUGUCGCACAGACAAGUUGGAGUUCCAACCAGAUGCUAUGACCUCCAUCCAGCAGAGACAGAAGUCUGCUACCUCACAGACCCCUGUUCACAAGGGACUGCCUCAACAUGAGAGGGGUAUUGAGUUUAGUGAAGAAGAAGAGUGGAGAUAUGAAGAGGAAGAAGGAGAGUAUGAAGAGAAUGAGGAGGAGGAAAUCAAUAUUAAAAGCAGAAAGGGAACGCUUACUCCAAAAAGCAAACCCAGUACAAGCAGUGAGGAGGAGGAGGAGGAGGAAGAAGAGAACAAAGGGGAUGAGCAAGAACAAGAAAUAAAGAAGUUCGAAAAGAAACCGCUAGAAGCAGAAGAGAAAAAUGCACACGAAAACAAGACAACACAAAAGAGAAAAGAGGAGAUGAGGAAAAAACAGAAAAUGACAGUGUUCCCAAAAGGGAGGCGAGACAAACAGGAGUUACAGGCUCCCAGUGUGAAAGGCUUCGACUUUGCUAAGCUGCAUCUUGGCCAGCAGAAUAAAGAUGAUGUCAUGGUGGUCCAGGAAUCUAUCCCGGCGGGGCCCCUGCCCAUCUCAGAUAAGGAAGGCCCCAGUCUUUCCCUGAAUGGGGAUGUCCCCACCCCCAUAUCCAAAAACUCGGCCUCCUCCUCCACCAAGGCAUCCCGCAGCUUCCGAAGACGAGAAAGGAUCUCGCCGUCAGAUGGUGAUUCCGUGGUGAGUGACCGCUCCAGUGGGCGCGAGUCAACUGACGAGAACCUGAGAGCCCAGGCCACACCCAGUGACAGCAAGCAGACGCUUAAGGCCCCCAUCAAUGUUUUAAGUGGUCCUCCUCCUACAAAUGGUCUCAAUGAACAGAUGUCAUCCGCUUCCAUAUUUGAGCACGUUGAUCGCAUGUCACGGGCCACUGAUGUAAGUCGAAGACUCCCCAACAAAGUGCAGCUUAUUGCCAUGCAGCCCAUGACGGUCCCACACCUGAACAGGCACAUUGGCAAAUUGCCUGACACCAACAAAAUCCACAAGGAGAUCCAAGUAGAAAUGAGGCAGAAAUCGGAGACUGAGCAUCAUCGAAACAAGAUCCGCCUGCGUGCCAAGCGGAAGGGCCAUUAUGACUUUCCUGCGAUGGAUGACAUAGACAUUGUGGACAUCAAAGACCAGGAUCACAUUUACCAUAAAGCGCAGAUGCAAAUGGAUAAGAUCUUGGAUCGAAAUGCACAGAUUCCCUCCAUCUUCAAAGAACCCCAAAACAGUACUCGCGGGAAGCACUCUCCCAAACAAAAGAUGAAGCAGCUCCCAAAUGGCAGAAUGACAGAUGCAGACAAAGAUCACCUCAUCACUGAAGAUGCUGAUGCUGUUUAUAGAAAGUGUCCUGGGGUGAACAAUGUAGCCUAUGUGUCUGACCCUGACCAAGUCCCAGGGUUAACGCACAGAAGCCCAUCCCCCACGGAUGAAGUCUUCCUGGGUUCUGCUUCCUCACCUCCUGGACAUGCCCCUCCCCCACCCCCCUACAUACCUCCACAGCCCUCCAUCGAAGAGGCACGACACCAGAUGCAUUCGCUGCUAGAUGACGCCUUUGCCCUUGUGUCGCCCACUUCCCAGGGCAGUUCAGCUGGGGUAACUCUCCCAGGGGUCAAUUUCAAUGCUUCUGACUCCAGUCCUCCAGGCCAUGGCCCCAGACCUUGGGGCUCCUCCUAUCAAGGUCUUGGCCCGCACACUAGUAGAUUCAGCGACCUGAGUGUGUCUCCUCCUCUGGUUCAAGGCUUAAUGUCAAGGCAGGAUCGUGGUCUGAGCUACCUUCCUCCAGGGGAGGCAGGAGGGCCCGGAAACCAGCUCCGGCUCGACAACCUUUAUUCCAACAGAGGCCUCUACUCUGAGGCGCUGCCCACAUCGGCUCGCCCGCGGCCAGUCGGGGGUGGUACAGGCGCCCAACUUCAUCAUCUGACACAGGUGGGCCUGGCUAAUCGAAUGAAUGGUCUUCCUGCCGGGGUCAGGGGCUAUCCAGGACAGAACAACGGCGUCAACUGGAAUAACUACCAUGAGGACAGUUACUGCAGAGCACUACCAGAUAAUAGUGCAAUGGCCAGAAGUGUCCAUAGGGAGCCGUCAGCUCCUCCCACCCACCUGGACACUGGGGCGGGCUACCUGUCAGCCCCACUCUCACUAGAUACGACCCCUCCCACUCAGUCCUCCGCCUCCUUGAUCAAGGCCAUCCGUGAGGAACUUUUACGCCUGUCGCAGAAACAGGGUUACCACAGCUGAGGUAGCUCUGGGCCCAUCUGCUAAUGAGACCAUGCUUCCCGUGGAAGCCCCCCAAGAAGCAAAGCAGAGAGAUAGUCCUGCUAGACGUCAAUAUUAAGGUGGCUAAUUCACGUUUUGGAGAUUAUUAAUUCCACCAGGAGUGUGUUGUGGAGGAAAUCACCUCCAGUUUGUCGCUGUUGGGCAGACUUAAAGAGCAGUAGUAUAUGAGGACCAGGACUCAGACUUUAGAGAUUUAGGUAUUUAGUGUGACUGUGGUCAUGCGGACAUUGUUUAAAGAAGCUGUUAAACUCCAUCUCAUCUGAGCCAUGCUUUGCCUUGACACUAUGACAUUCAUCUUGCUCAUAAUAAGGUCAUCUUUCACAGCCAGCGAAUCAGUCCGGACACAAAAACAGUGUACAAUACAGAUUAUCAACCUAUUGUGCUACAUACUUCUUAGUUUACCUAGCAUAGAAUUAGUCAGAGCUGUUACUUAUGGAACUUUUUUUUGGGACCGUUUUCAUUCAAAUCCUUCAAGUUUUGUACAUUUUAUUAAUAAUGUAUAGAGAAGUAACGCUUUGAAAUGCCUUCAAAUCAUCCUUUUUUCAAUUGUAGAUCACCGGGAAGGAAAAACCCGUAGCUACGUGGCAACCGUGUCAUCUCGUAUGUACUCAAUGCUUGGCCGUAUUUUGCUCCACUGAAUUCAGACUACUUAGUAACGCUCACGUCUAGUGGAUUCAAAAUAAAAGAACAGAAGAAGAAAACAAGAGUUGGAUUGAGGGUGAUGAAGGAUACACCAACCAGUGAUGGGUUACCUAGAUCACCAUCUCAAUUUUAUGCAGUAUUUAAAUUUUUUAAUGUCUUUUUUUCCCACACAGGGUACUGUAUUUAUAAUUCAAAUCAUGUUGCUGUGGGUUUUUUUUAAGGAUUUUUUUUAAAAAUUGACUUUGCCUUGUGUUACAUGCACUAUAAACUCAUUAGAAUACUGUACUGUUUUUUCCCCCUUUUAUGUUAAGAUCACGUGGGACCUGAAGUUGUUUUAUUUAAAUAAAGCAAAAGAACAAAAAAGUUUAUU